CCUUUGGGAAUGUUGAUCUUCGGCUUUUAAAUGUGUCGGAGAACACGCCUGAGCCUUUGACCUCUGCUAUCAACAUCUGCCUGGAUACUCACUGCCAUGUCAAGUGCCCCGGCCAUGUUAAGUGCACUGGAAUCACUGCCAAACGAGGUGUUGGACCGCAUAGUCGACCUAGCUGGGCCACCACUUCAUGAUCGGUCACCUCGAGCAUACAAGCAGCGCAUCGCAACCUUCGGAGCAAUUAGUCGCACUUCUCGGACCUUAUUGCCCAUCGGUCAGUCUCAUCUGUACAAGUUCAUCAGAACCCCAGAACUUGGAGGGAAGAUUCAGCAACUGCUUUGCACCUUGAGCAGAUCCCCACAACUUGCAAAUUUCGUCCAAGUUCUACUUCUGCGCCCUGUCCAUGGCAUGUCGCCGUGCAUGCCGCUCGAUCGACUUGAGAUCUGCUGGGAAGCGACCGAGCAAAAUUUCGGGCAGGGAGUGAGAUUCGCCAUGGCCGACGCUACAUUCAACCCGAGAAGCAGUUGUCGGACAUGGGAAAUAGUCAUGCUCGCCGCGCUGACCAACAGAAUCAGGACCCUGGUAUGUUUCGUUGAUCCUCCUCACAAUGAAGAGACGGAGCAAUGCCGCAGUUGUCCUGAUAUGACACGAAUGUUCAACUCGAUGCUUUCAACACCACCACCAAGCACGCAGACCGUCAAGUACUUGAAUUUGUCUGAAGUUCAUAUUAUUGGAAGCAAGCGGCAGGGCCCUGGUCCUACGUUUCAAACCGCAUUGUUACCGGUGAUGCAGCGACCGAGAGUCACUACCUUCGUCGGGACUGCGAUCAGAUCUGUGUUUGACGACAAUCCAUGGCCAAAUCCGCCUCCAGCCUCCAGUAUCUUCCAACUGAGUCUACGGAAAUGUCUCUUGAACGGGCGAGAUAUUUCUCGGUUGAUCAUGAGCUGUAGAGCUUUGGACAGGGUGUCGAUCAGCUGGUCUCGACGACAGGGUCAUGUUGUCAACCCAUGCGCACUUCUCGCGGCAUUAAAACAACAUCGCUCGAGCUUGAAGACGCUCAGCUUACGUGACUCGAGGACGACUACAGUACUGCUCUAUCCAACAAAUGAGUCAAGAGUCUUCGCGCACGGCCUAAGCAACUUCGCAUGUCUGACUUCGUUGACUAUUGACGAAACUCUCCUCCUUCACGGUGCACGUCGGACCACAGCCGAUGGGCACUCUGAGCUAGUAACGACUCUGCCGGCCUCCUUAAGUUCACUCACAAUCCAUAGCCUGCAAGAUUUGCGUGCACUGCCGACUACUCUUCGAGCUGUGUGUAGCAGCAUAUCCGAAACUCUCCGAGAUUUCGAGAUCAUGUUCCAACCAAACGAAAGCUACGACUUGCGCAUGUGCCUCUCGCGGGCAAUACUAUCAAGGUCUGGAGGACCUGUGCAGUGGACCAUCAAUCGAACCUCUGAUCAGAGCGCACGUGGAGGCAGACUUCUCAAAUUCCAUUGCUGGAAGAGAUAUCACUCUCUCGCAACAUCCAUGAGAGACAUCAUUCGGCUGGCAGACAGCGGAGGCAUUGACAAAGUGCUCGAUUACCUUUACGUUCGCGAUCCUGAGAAUCCAUGCCGAUGCAUCGUAUGCAGACCUCGCCCUCUAAUGUCACGCAUGAGGGGAAUACCUAUCACGCCAAAUCCAACGACUUGAUGGCUCAUGUGGCGUUCUACAGCUUGAACAGCGGGCUCAGGUCGUUGUGCUCGGAAUUUGCAAGCCUGAAGGAUUUUAAGAAGCGCACAGUUGGUCGACCCGUGCAAGUUCAGAGCAUACUUGAAGACAUUGUAGGGGAUAGCAGGUAUCUGGUGUGCGUGACACUUAUGUAGAGUAGAGCAAUUCAGGCAGAGUCAGAAUCACACACGCU